AUGUUAGACAAAGCACUUUCUUAUUGCCUAUAAGAAGAAACACCGGUUUCUAUUGCUGAUAUCAUGCAGAUCUCAUAAGAAUAACAAAUAAACCAUAAAUAACCAAAGAUUAUGGCCUAACCAACUAAAUUAGAUUUUCACUAAAUUUAAUAAAAAUUCAUCAAACAAUCAUCAAUUAAGGACAUGAUCAAUCAAGCAAGUUAGGAAUUCAAAUAAACACCCAAAAUCACAUAAGACUUCACUCCUUACCAAAGCGGGUGGUAAAAAAACAUACUUACCAAAUACUAUAAUCUCAAUACAGGAAAUAACAGCUUCUGCAACAAAACAAGAAGGAGGGCAUAUUCGAUCUAGAUGAAUACUAAAAAGGUCAAUUUAAGAAUUAGAGAUAUGUCAAUGUUUACGGAGAGGAAAUUUAAAUUAGAAUCCAACAAUUAGUUCUGA